GCGUCCGCAUACCGUACACAUUUUACGUAACUCCUACUCCUCGCUUGAAAGCUGCGGCACAGACAGCACCGGACAGCACUACCCUGGCCCAUGCCCCGGCCCCAGACUAUUGUUUUCAGUUAAACUAGAGAUUACUAGCCCAAUAUCAGGCAAGAUGGACCAGCGCAGGAUAACACAAGAGACAUUCGACGCCGUCGUCAAGGAAAAUAUUGAUGACUUCGAGAUGGACGCCGAAGAUGCAUUGAAAGAGGCCAUCGAGCAGUUUGAGUCCCAGGGUGUGGAUCUCAGUAACAUAGUUAAAGCGGUGCCUAAUUCCUCUGUCGACCAAGCAGGUGAUCAGACACACGAGGUCCUCCAGGUGCUGGAAUCGCUCAGAAUUGCAGCUCAGGCACCUUCACUGCCAGCUGACAUCACAGAAGACCUUACACGCUUCACCGAACAGUGCUCUCUCGGGUUUGCCCAAAGGCACUUAGCUGCCCAGAAGGAUGCCUACCCCACAAUCCUCUCUUGCUGCCUGAAGUUGCUAGAUAAUGACGCUGCUGCCCUAUCAUCUGCCCUCUCCGCUCUCUCGUCCCUGACUGAUGGACAGCCGGACCUACUAGAUGAGCAGGGUCGGAACUUCCUUGUGAAGGCCCUAAAUGGGCAUAAGGAAGACCCUAACCUGACCUGCCUGGGGGUGCGCGCGGUGCGCCACUGCGGCCUGAAGCAUGAACAGAACCGGCAGGACCUGGUGAAGGCUGGUGUGCUGGCGCUGCUCACUGGGGCAAUUACACGCCACAUGGGGCGCGCCGAGGUGGUACGAGAGGCCUGCGCUGCGCUCAGGGUGAUGACCUUCGACGAUGAUGUCCGUGUGCCGUUCGGACAUGCUCAUGAACAUGCCAAAAUGAUCGUCCUGGAGCACAGUGGCUUGAAGGUCAUAAUUCAGGCGGCUAAAGAACAUCCUCAGAAUACCUCAGUCCUUAGUGAGCUGUGUGCCACACUAUCUCGACUUGCUGUGAGGAAUGAGUUCUGUCAGGACAUAGUGGACCUGGGAGGCUUGAAGUUUAUGAUCAUCCUGUUGGCUGAUAGCUUGGAUUCCCAGGAACUUGUAAGGCAGGUCUUGAGUGCCAUCAAAGCUAUAGCAGGAAAUGAUGAUGUCAAGGAUGGUGUUGUUAAUGCGGGAGGCGUGGAGCUCAUCGUCAUGGCAAUGAACAGACAUAUGUCCAAUGCACAGGUGUGUGAUCAGGGCUGUGCAGCCUUGUGUGUUCUGGCACUACGAAAACCCGAUAACUGUAAAGUGAUCAUGGAGAGUGGGGGAGCCCUCGCUGCACUACAGGCUAUGAGGACCCAUCCAGGGGUAGUCAAUGUACAGAAGCAGUCAUGUAUGCUGUUGAGGAACCUGGUCUCACGUACAAGGGACUAUAACCAGCCAAUCUUGGAGAUGGGAGCCGAAGUCCUGAUUGGUCAAGCACUUUCCAAUCACCGAGACUGUGGAGACGUGGGUAGGGCCGCCCUCCGAGACCUUGGUUGUCAAGUUGAGCUUCGAGAGCUGUGGACAGGUCAGAAGGGCAGCCUCUCACACUGAUGGAGGGGAGAUCUGAGGGGGCAUCUUACGGAGGACAAGCAUCUGUGAUUGUGGCUGUCUCGAGUCAGAUCCCACCCAACCAUACUGAGGCCGAAGCAGCUCGGACUUCAGAGAACCCAGUCUAGUCUGAAUCUAGAAUUGUAAUCUUUUACAGUUAAAGAGGACAUUACCACAACUUGUUGAAGGUAUUUUUUUUUCAUAUUUACAUCAGUUGUUUCUUUAAUGGUUGAAAGUGUCCACACAACACCGACAUGUUAUGUUUGUGUUUUAUUUGUGUGGUUUAUUAUUUAUUGUGUUACUUUUUAAUUCAUUGUGACCCAGUCAUGUGCAACACUGCAAACAUUCUUAACCAAUCCUAGACAUUAAAUAUUUUUUUUUACUAUUAUUAUCAUGUUUUUCAAGUGCACUUAUUUUCAUCCUUUUUGUUCCUUUUGGACAGUUUCUGUCUUCACUUAAACCCACAUGAUGCAGUUUACAGCUAGUAAAGUCAUAUCAUGAGCCCAAUUAAUCAUUCCAGCAUGUUUCAACUCAACUAAAAUAAACUAGUAUUUAUCUGAAACGUGUAACAAUUCAGUCAUGCUCCUGU